CUUUACAACGCUUGAUCUGAUGCAAUGCCACGCCAGUGAACAAGUUUGCUGCAUUGCUCAUCUCCUUGGAGAACAUCUGUCCAAACUUCCUUGGACACUUUCUUUAAGAAAGCAGACAAGACUCCAGAAAAACCUGCAGCCAAGACUCCUGAGAAGACUCCUGUCAAGAGCCCUUCAAAAAGUCCAGCAAAGCCACCUCAAAGAAGUCCUUCCAAAUCAAUAUGAUUGCUAUUUAUGAUCAGCUUGAGCGUGUGUUCUUGCGGCUUGGCCAUGCAGAAACGGAUGAACAGUUACAGAAUAUUAUAUCCAAAUUCCUACCACCCGUCCUACUCAAACUGUCCAGUACGCAGGAAGGAGUGCGAAAAAAGGUCAUGGAGCUUCUGGUUCACCUGAAUAAACGUAUCAAAAGUCGUCCAAAAAUCCAACUUCCAGUAGAGACUUUACUAGUUCAAUAUCAAGAUCCUGCUGCAGUUUCCUUUGUCACAAAUUUUACUAUAAUUUAUGUGAAGAUGGGUUAUCCUCGUUUACCUGUGGAAAAGCAAUGUGAAUUGGCUCCUACCCUGCUCACUGCAAUGGAAGGGAAACCUCAACCACAACAAGACAGCCUAAUGCAUCUUCUAAUACCAACCCUUUUUCACAUGAAAUAUCCUGUUGAACCACUGAAAGCAGCUUCCCCAUUUAAUCUUGCUGAAAAACCAAAGACUGUACAGCUGCUUUUGGACUUUAUGUUGGAUGUUCUCCUUAUGCCUUAUGGAUAUGUAUUGAAUGAAUCCCAGAGUCGGCAAAAUGUGCCAUCAGCACAGGGCUCUUCAUCAAGUAGCACUGGAAGUUCUGGGAUCCCUCAACCUCCUCCAGGGAUGAGCUUUUAUGCAGCCAAACGGGUAAUUGGAGAUAGCCCAUGGACACCUGAACAGCUGGAACAGUGUAAACUGGGGAUAGUCAAGUUCAUUGAAGCUGAGCAGGUACCUGAGCUUGAAGCUGUUAUACACCUGGUUGUAGCUUCCAGUGACACACGACACAGUGUUGCAACUGCAGCGGACCUUGAACUGAAAAGCAAGCAAAGCUUAAUUGACUGGAAUAAUCCCACCAUCAUCAACAAAAUGUACAAAGUGUAUCUUGGGGAUAUUCCACUGAAGACCAAGGAGGGAGCUGUUCUGAAACCAGAACUGAAACGAGAACCAGUCAGCACCCGGGUUAAAUUAAAGAUCGUUCCUCAUCUUCUGCGUUCCAGGCAAGCUGCAGAAACAUUUCCAGCUAAUAUUCAGGUGGUGUAUGAUGGACUCUUUGGUGCAAAUACAAAUGCAAAACUGAGAACUCUGUCCUUGCAGUUUGUGCAUCAUAUUUGUAUAAUUUGUCCAGAAAGUAAAAUAAAACCACUUGGCCCAAUGCUUUUAAACGGUCUUACAAAACUGAUCAACGAAUACAAAGAGAACGAAGAAAAGAUCUUUGAAGACCCCAAACUGCUGUCAAUGGCAUAUUCAGCUGUUGGAAAACUCUCCAGCCGAAUGCCUCAGCUCUUUACGAAGGACAUAGCUCUUGUGCAGCAGUUCUUUGAAGCUUUGUGCAAGGAAGAGCCUGAUACCAGACUUGCUAUUCAGGAAGCCUUGUCUAUGAUGGUUGGUGCAUAUAGUAGUUUAGAAGGAGCACAGCGUACGCUUAUGGAGGCUCUUGUGGCUUCAUAUCUAAUAAAGCCUGAAGUCCAAGUACGUCAGGUGGCUGUGAAAUUUGCCAGCACAGUGUUUCCUCCAGAUCACAUCCCUUCCCGAUACUUGCUCCUGCUGGCUGCUGGAGAUCCACGUGAAGAGGUGCAUGGAGAAGCACAGCGUGUACUAAGAACAUUCCCUGGGAAAAAUGAAAAGGAAAGUGCUGGGAAACAGAUGCCUUCAUUCCCAGAAAUGGUUCAUUACAUUCAGGACAAGGCCUCUCACCGAAUGAAAACACCUGCUAAAUAUAUGACUGGAACUGCAGUCCUGCCUUUCAAUCCUGCUACAUUUGGGGAGAUAGUCCUGUACCUGCGAAUGUGUCUUGCUCACAGUGCAGGUGUGGUGCCAACUUCUCAGAACCUAGCUGACAUGCAAGACCAUGCUCCAGCAAUUGGACGUUACAUUAGAAAUCUAAUGUCUGGCAAUCACAUAUCCUCCUCUUCAUCUUCCUCAAAAAGUGGAGAAACCAACCCUGUACAGAUAUAUAUUGGUCUCCUUCAGCAGCUGUUAUCUGGUGUUGGAGGUUUGCCAGUCAUGUACUGCCUUCUAGAAGUUGUUUCGGUGUAUCCAGAAAAACUUGCUGCCAGAUUUGUAGAUAAAAUAGAUUGGAUAAAGAGCCUGAUGAACACAAGCAAGGAAGAGAUGCGUGAGCUGGCAGCACUGUUUUAUUCUGUUGUGUUGUCAACUAUGUCUGGAAAUGAACUCAAGUCUUCUGUACAGCAACUGAUCAAGACUGCUAAAGACAAUCAUAACCCAGAGGUCCAGCAUGGUGCCUUGUUGGCUUUGGGAUUCACAGUAGGAAGGUACCUGGCUAAAAAGAAAAUCGGGAUGAUGGAGCUACAGGAUAUGGAGCCAAAUACUGAUGUCAUACCAGAACAAGAACAGCUCAUAAAGACUACAACAGAAACAAUAGGUUCCUUUCUGGACAGCACCUCCCCGCUCCUGGUAGUAGCUGCUUGUACAGCCCUUGGGGAGAUUGGUCGGAAUGGCCCCUUGCCGAUCCCCAAUGAAGGCAGUGGAUUUACAAAGCUCCAUCUUGUGGAAAGCCUGUUGGCCAGAAUCCCUUCUAGCAAGGAAACUAAUAAGUUGAAAGAAAGAGCGAUACAAACACUGGGUUACUUUCCAGUGGGAGAUGGAGACUUUCUCCACCAGAAACUACUGUUGCAAGGACUCAUGGAUUCUGUGGAGGCCAAGCAAAUAGAACUCCAGUUCACAGUUGGGGAAGCCAUUACCAGUGCUGCAAUUGGAACCAGCUCAGUAGCUGCUCGUGAUGCUUGGAUGAUCACAGAGGAAGAAUAUACUCCCCCAGCAGAUGUGAAAGUAAAUGACGUGGUCUCCUGGGUUCUAGACCUCAUUUUGAAUAAGCAUAUUGUCAGCCCUAACCCACAUGUCAGGCAGGCAGCCUGCAUCUGGUUGCUAUCAAUGGUGAAGAAGCUGAGCACGCACAAAGAAAUUAAGUCUCAUCUCAAGGAGAUUCAAAAUGCCUUUGUUUCAGUUCUGUCUGAUAAUGAUGAGCUUAGUCAAGAUGUUGCUUCAAAAGGUCUUGGACUAGUGUAUGAACUAGGCAACGAACAAGACCAGCAGGAGCUAGUCACUACGCUUGUCGAUACACUUAUGACCGGGAAAAGGAUCAAACAUGAAGUGACUGGAGAAACUGUUGUAUUUCAGGGAGCUCUUGGCAAAACCCCGGAUGGUCAGGGUCUUUCUACAUACAAGGAACUUUGUUCACUGGCUAGUGACCUUAGCCAACCAGAUCUGGUCUAUAAAUUCAUGAAUCUGGCCAACCACCAUGCAAUGUGGAAUUCCCGAAAGGGAGCAGCUUUUGGUUUCAACGUGAUUGCUACGAAAGCUGGCGAACAACUGGCUCCAUUUUUGCCCCAAUUGGUUCCUCGUCUUUAUCGUUACCAGUUUGAUCCCAACCUUGGUAUUCGACAGGCUAUGACCAGCAUUUGGAAUGCGCUUGUCACUGACAAAUCAGCUGUGGAUAAGUAUAUGAAGGAAAUCCUUGAGGAUCUGAUUGGCAACCUGACCAGCAACCUCUGGAGGAUCAGGGAAUCCAGCUGUCUAGCGCUGAAUGAUUUGUUAAGAGGAAGACCGCUGGAUGACAUUAUUGACAAACUUCCAGAGAUCUGGGAAACGCUAUUUAAAGUGCAAGAUGACAUUAAGGAGUCUGUACGAAAGGCUGCAGAAUUAGCCCUGAAAACUUUAAGCAAGGUAUGUGUGAAAAUGUGUGACCCCUCCAAAGGAGCCGCAGGCCAGAAAACAAUAGCUGUUUUGCUGCCUUGCCUCCUAGACAAAGGAAUGAUGAGCACAGUGUCUGAAGUCCGGGCUCUCAGCAUUAACACUCUUGUGAAGAUCAGCAAAAGUGCUGGGGCUAUGCUGAAACCUCAUGCACCAAAACUUAUUCCUGCCCUGUUGGAGUCCUUGAGCGUGCUAGAACCCCAGGUUCUCAAUUAUUUGAGUCUCCGUGCCACGGAGCAGGAAAAGACUGCAAUGGAUAGUGCAAGACUCAGUGCUGCUAAAUCCUCUCCCAUGAUGGAAACAAUCAAUAUGUGCUUGCAGUACCUGGAUGUGUCGGUUCUGGGUGAGCUGGUCCCUAGGCUCUGCGAGCUGAUUAAAAGUGGAGUAGGCCUGGGCACAAAGGGAGGCUGUGCUAGUGUGAUAGUAUCAUUAACCACUCAGUGUCCCCAAGAUUUGACACCUUUUUCAGGUAAACUCAUGAGUGCUUUACUCAGUGGCCUGACAGAUCGCAACAGUGUGGUGCAGAAGUCAUUUGCUUUUGCAAUGGGGCAUCUUGUUAGGACCUCUCGGGACAGUAGUAUUGAGAAACUACUGCAGAAGCUUGGCAGCUGGUACAUGGAGAAGGAAGAACCUGUCUACAGGACAGGCUGUGCUUUAACUGUUCAUGCCAUUGGACGCUACAGUCCAGAUGUUUUGAAGAACCAUGCCAAACAGGUCUUGCCAUUGGCAUUUCUGGGAAUGCAUGAGGUCCCUGAUGAAGAGAAAGGAGAGAAAGACGAUUCUAAUUUAUGGACUGAAGUAUGGCAGGAAAAUGUCCCAGGUACCCAUGGUGGUAUCAGGCUCUACAUGCCAGAGUUGAUAGCCAUUACCCAGAAGGCUUUACAGUCCCAGUCCUGGAAAAUGAAAGCCCAGGGAGCAGCUGCCAUGGCAUCUCUUGCCAAGCAAACUAGCUCAUUGGCACCUCCCCAUCUGGGAAUGGUGCUCACUGCACUACUUCAAGGUUUGCCAGGAAGGACGUGGACAGGAAAGGAGGAGUUGCUGAAAGCUGUCGCCAGCGUGGUCUCUGCAUGCAGUGCUGAGCUGCAGAAACCAGUGCCGAACCAGCCCAGUGUCAGUGACGUUGUCCAGGUCAUCCUGAAGGAGUGCCGCAAAGAGAACCUCAAGUACAAAAUCGUUGCCCUCCGCUGUGCAGCAGAGGUGCUGCAGGUGACAAAGGAGGACCGGUUCCAGGAGCUGGCUGACAUCAUCUUCCCUAUGAUAAAGAAGAAUUCUCAUGGGAGCAUGGGAGCCAGUUCACCAAAGGGCGACGAUGAGGAUGAGAAUGAACAGGAAAAGGAGCUACAGAUGGAAACUCUGCUCUGUGCCUUUGAGAGUCUGGGCAAGGCCUGGCCUAGGAGCCUGGAGACGCAACGCUGCUAUCGGCAAGAGCUGUGCAAGUUAAUGUGCGAGCGUCUGAAACUUAGCACGUGGAAAGUGCAGCUGGGAGUCCUGCAGGCAAUGAAUGCCUAUUUUCAAGGGUUGAUGCUUUUUGAUGAGGAGCACCUGGACCCUGGGGCUUUGAGAGGCAUACUUUUGGAAACCUGCUCAUCUAUCACACACUCAUUAGAAAAUAAAAGCUACACCUCCAUAAGAACAGAAGCCUUGUCUGUGAUAGAACUGCUGCUCACCAAACUCUCAGAGUCUAAACAGUGGGAAAGUCUGACCCCACAAAGCAGGGAGCUUCUCAUGGGCUCGUUAACUACCAUGGCAUUGGACAGCAGACCUGAACUGCAAGAGAAAGCAUCUUUAUUGAAGAAAACACUUGAAAAUCUUGAGUAAUUGUAAAACAAACGAAGUGCCAUGUAAAACACACAGUGCAGUGAUCUGAAAACCAAGUGGGAAAAUGAAGAUUAAUCUGUAGCAUGCAUCAUUCCUUGGCCAAAAUAAAAAUGCCUUAAAUUCUGUUCCCCAUUAACUUUAUUUUUACUGUUUUUAAGCUGCUGGUUAGGUAAUGUUGUAUCAGUAAAUACCUCUAAUGAUUUGCCCUUGCGGGCUUGUAGGUGUGUGACCUGAAAAAAAAAAUGCCAAGUGUAAGAUGCAUCUGAUUUUUAAAAUAGGCAAGGAUUUACUUGAGUUACUUUAGAUCCCUGUUGUCCCGACAAGAGUUGUUGAAGGUGGUUGGAAAAACCAGCACUGGAAAAUGAAAUGCUUAAAUUUCAUUUCAUUGUAUCGUGUGUUUGUGUGUGUGUUUGUGUGCGCGCGCGUGUGCGUGUGCAUGGAGAUUAAAUACUUGAUGUCCAAACAGUGAUUCUUUGGAUGUACCCAGGAGAACAGGGGGAAACUAAUAUUUGCAUCAGCAAGAGUUGAACUCUUGUCUCCAUUGCAGUCAGUGGCAAAGCACCCAUGGACUUCACUGGGGCCAGGGUCUCACCCCAGCUCUCCACCUUCUGCUAGUCCAGCCUGGUCCUCCUCCUUUGCACGCCCUCCCAUUGCCCAUGUUGGUUGUGAAAGGCAGAGUACUUUUGACUUAUUUAUUCCACCUCUGACCUCAAAGUGGACUGAGUGAGUCCAUAUCCUACUUCUCCCCUCAGCUCAGAUUCCAGUCUCCCAAAUUUUCAACAAUCACUAUGUUCCCCAAAGGAUGCACAUGAGAGCGCACUUUAAUGAGUUGCCAUGGGGGGUAGGUGGAUUGAGUCUGUGAAACUAGGCAAACCUUGACAGGUGGAACACUGCUCUUCUCAAAGUUGUUUUGCAUGACACUCCACAACUGCAGCAGAAAACAAAGUUAAAAUGAAACCUGUUCUAGAGAUGUUUUUCAAGAGCGUUCAAAGUUUGCCAAUGACAAAUUUUUGUAGUCGUACUUGUUUUCUUCCUGUUCAUAACCCUGUUCUUGCUUUGGAAACCUGUAACAAUUUAGACUUCUCAGUGUUUGUAACGAAUGACAUAAUUGCUCCUCUGUCAGGCACCAGCUUGGACUGGUUUCCAGCAAGUCCUUUUAAUUUGCACUUCGGAAAGACUAUCAGCAUUAACGUGAAGUAAAACCUCUAUUUGAUACCUAGCCAUAGUGCCCUCCCCGUUUCCUCUCCACAGACAGAAGGCAUAAAAUUUGCUGCUGUGGCAACAGGUUUGAGAAGUGUAAAAUGGCCACUAUAACUCAAUCUGUUUAGCAUAUGUACAGCUUCUCUGAGGAUGCUGCUUUGCUGAUGUUGGUGACACCACUGCCACAGAUUUCAGUAAGAAAAGGCCUGUUAUUUCCUUAUUUGCUCCCUCGUGCUCUCCUGUCCGCUCCUGACACGAUCAACUAAGAGGAGAGAAUCUUUUGGAUAACCCAACCAAGCACCCACCUUUUCCCCAAGCAGGUGGCACGGUCGGGAGUGAGUAUUCUGGACUCGCCUUUCCCUUGGGUGCUGUGUGUUCUUUAACAGUCCAUGUUUUUGGCACUGGUUCACCUUAACAGUCUGAUGUGCUGAUGGAAGGAAGGAAGGAAGGCAGCCAGUGCGUGCCUGGCAAGAAAUUCUCAGCAGAUGUAGAUGACUCCGCCAGCCUUUCAGGAACCUCAGCAAGCACUAAUGCAUCAAAUGAGCCCUUCUCAUCGGGCAAUCCCUUGGUGCUGAGAGCAGGUGCUUAUCUAUGAUCUCGUGGCAGGGAGCUGCUCUUUGUUUACAUGUCGUUCGGAGUACCAAGCACAUUUGUAAAUUUUAAAAGCAUAUUGGGCAAAUCUCUUGAUGAAGGCACCUUUUAAAUGAAUGCAGAACUUGCCUUCUGUGAAAUCUUGUUUCACAAGAGCUCAUUUUUGAUGAGAGGAAACGUCCCGACUACUUUGCUGCAGUGACUGUUUAUCCGACUUGGUCUUUUUCAUACAGCUCGAGGAACAGGCAGAUAGUUCCAGUAACCUAAGAGGUUCUGAUCUCCAAUGCGCUGCUUUCAGCAGGGACUCAAGUAUUUGGAAGCAGAAUCUAAGAUGAUUGAGUGGCCAUUAGUAGAGCAACUGUACUAGUUGCCAGAACAAACACGUUUUUCCCCUAGGUAGUUUAUAGUACAUGGAAGAACAUGUUCUAGGAAUUCUAAUGACAGCUAGGCUGACAAUUCUGGCCAAGAUUAUUGGGAAGUUAGAGAUGGUAAAACGGUUCCUCUCUGAAUCACAAAGCAAUAUGUUUUCUAAUGAUUAAAGAACCAAUUCAGAGUUCCUCUAGAGCAUGUGCCUAUACACAGAACCUACCUGCACAAAGCUGAUGCUAACUGAAACAGGUUUGAUUCCCAAUUCUUUUUUCAUUUGUAAACUUGACGAGAAAAAAAAAAAGAGAUGUGGCCUUCCUAGACUUUUUCUUCUAAGAGUGAUUGCACUAUGUAAAACACUGUACUUUGCCCUUCUCGGGCAUUUCUUGUGCUGCUGCAAUGCUGCUUUGUAUACCAGGAGUGAGGCGUGCAAGUUUGACACUAGCACUCGUUCUAACCUGUGAGCUGUUGCUUAAAUGGAUGUAUAUUAAGAAAAGUUUUCUAAUGUUGCAAGGUCUCCAUCGAAUUCACCACAAUCUGUACUCAGCUGUCAAAGUAUGUAAAUGAAUCAAGUGAAAGAAAAUGCUCUCCCACUUACCAAAAAGGUAACAUUAAAUAAAAGUGCAUGACCUGUU